GUGACUUGCAGACCCACAAUUCCUGCAUUCCUUCUGUUUCACUGCUUCACCCACUUAAAUCUCUCUCUGACUCUCUGAGUGUUCUUCAUCCUGCUAACUAUUCGUGUCCACUUCUCAAACCUUCUACAGAAAGCCAGGAUAUCACGUAGGGAAAUUCAUGAUCAAACACAUUGCAGUACGUCCACGCAACGAACAGCAGUACCAAUGCGAGAUCUCUUGGUAUGAACAUUUUAGCAAGCGUUAGAGAUCCGUGCAGAUCAGAGAAGGAACCUUCGAAGGUAAAUUUUCAUGAGCUCUCGAGUUCAUGACACUGAAACGGAGCUCCCGGCAAUCUCUCCACGAGGCAUACAAAUGAAGCAACUGUCAAGAAUAAAAUCACAAUCUCUGAGAAGAAUCCCUGCAGAAGCAUUGCAUAUUGGCAUAAUCAGCUGUAACUGGGGAGAUGGAACAGAUCAUCCAUCAUAUGGUCGGUCUAUCGACAUAUCUUCUUAAAAAAUCACAGAAGAAACUUAUCUGCUUUGAAGGGCGGGCGGAUUUUGGCAGUGGUGAUGGUUGGGCGAAGCUGUGACAUACGUUACGAAUACUCCAGGGUUCGCUUUUGCACUGUUGCUCUGAUACCCCGAGGGUCAGGAUCAACUCAACUCAGACGACAGCAACUUGGAACCCAGCAGCAAGUCGGUGACUUAGAAUCAGAGUCACGUAAGAGCCUAAUCGUGAUACGAACGGUAGACCUAGAGUACGUUACGGAGACUGAUUCAUGACGACUGCGCAUUGUGAACAGGAAUAGCAUGGCCGGUGGUUGCGACCUGACGCGAUAAAUUUUAUCGGAUUUCUUACAAUCAAUCAGCUGUAUCGGUUUCCAUUACCCUAAAGUGUUACUGUAAUAUCCCCAUGCAUCAGCGCGUAAAGAUUCGGGGCCUUGGGCGAGUUCCGGUGCCAUACGAUCUUCGAGGAAGCGCAUUCUUCUCGAAGAUUCAAGAACCACCUGCGGGAUAUGGGGAGUUAUUCCAGCGAGAGACUGAAACAACUAUCUGAUCAUAAUGGCUUCAAAUUGCUGUAGAUGAGAUCCUUGUGGGAGGCGGGUGAGACUGCGCCGUAAGAUGCGACUGCGGUCGUGACAGCAUUCGUCAAGUCGAGCGAUCUGCAUGUCCAAAGCGCUGAAUACGGCACAGGAAUUGGAUCUGAUUAAUAAGGCCGAAGAAGCUUCAAAUCAUCGAGCGCUUCGGUUCUGAUGACGUGAGUAAGCAUUUGGCCCUGAGGCAGACAGACAGACAAACAGACAGCUGUAGAUUAUCAGCUUCCAUGGCGUGAAUGUUCCAAAGCUGGACCAGACCGUCUUCCUCAUUCACAUCGAAUUGCGUCUUCUUCACCGGAGAUGACAUGCCGAACGAGUCCCGAAGAGGCGAGAGUCUUCUGCUGUUGGACCUGAGAGAGGAGUCGUCUCUUCUGGCAAAUCAAAUCAUGAACCUCGUUCGCAGUCGGGCCAACGACUCGGUGAACAUCGGAGCUAAAGUUAAGGCCGGAUCUGAUUCGACCUUGGCGCAAGACACAAGACUCUGUAUUUAUCUUCUUUUGACGCAAUGGGCGCAGACAGAGAAAGAGAGGUGCAGAUGUUCUGCAUUACGUGCAGAUCCACAUUAAGGCGUUCACAUUCAAAUGCACUGUUUACUCUCGCAGUCCUUGACUCCGGGGCUGGUCCACGCCAUGUUUCUUGGAGGACACUAAAUUCAGAAUGCAAUGACUUUUGCACAGUAUCUACGACCUACUUUGAGUGAUUCACGGAUAACAAUAUCGAGCAGAAUUUACCGACAAGGAAGUUGACAAGAAUAGCGAAUCUACUGACUUCCUCCAAGGUUUGGGUGUUCAGUAGCCCGUCUCGUUCGUGGGUCCUGAGCCUCAGAAGGGAAGUUGACAACUUUCCAAGUUUUAAAGUUCCGACUAGAAGCAAGAAAUGUAUUGCAAAAAGGAUGGAAGACCCAUCGAGACCCACAUGCAUGUAACCAACUGACCAACAUGGGUCCAGGCCCCAACAUAUGGAGUGACCCAACUAAGAAUAUGUCAAAUCAUCCACAUAUUUGAUACCAUCUAAAAAAUCGUUCCUGUCCGUUGUAUCAUAUG